AUGUCUGAGUACUCACUGGGUUAUUAUGACACUAUCGCUGGAUUAUCUGGCUUUGAGUGUUCGCAUAAAGUGAGGUUAAGCUUAAAGCAGCUGGAAGAACUGACUUCUCGGGAUGUCAAAGCUCGAAAAGGCAGGGAAAAUGUUGAAACUUUGGAAGAUUUGGAUAAGAAGGACAAAAAAGACAAGAAAAGACCGCCAGUUCAUGGGUAUUUGGGUAAAAUAGAUGCUGCCGCUGCUGCUAACGUGACUAAUGAAAUGAUUCUUGAUACAACGCACGUUUUACUGGGAGGGCAUGUUCCAAUAGCGCAAUUGGAGGCGUUGUCAAGUUCUGAUUUUGCCCUAUAUUUCAAAAAAAACCUGGAAUGUGAGGUGGCGAUGGCAAGUUAUGAUCAUUUCGUGAACCAAGGCCCAUCGCGACAAGCCCAGUUGGGUACGCCGACUCCGUCGUCGAGUGCUACGCCCUCUGCGCCCCAAGUUGCCAAAGACGACACCCAAGUUCAAGAAACGAACGUAAAACCAAAGGAAACCGAUGGAGUCAAGAAAGUGAUCUUGUGCAAACGAUGUAAGGCGAGGUUUAGUGGGCCCAGAAGGUUUACGAAUAUGCGGCAACACAUGUGUAUGCGUGGGUGA